GUGUCCCAACUUCCCGCGCGUCCCAACUUACCCCACCCUACAAUACAGCUAGUCAUGCAUUGUAGCCUAUAUGUAAUAGCCAAGCCAGAAGCCAACCGAGUUAAUAAUUAAUGAUAGGAAUGUUUCAAAGUGAAGCAGAUUGCCACAGAACCGAAUACAGUAUAGGUCGAAGCAUGAAAACGUACAACUUAAACGCAUUAUAUUUAUAAAUUAAAGUUAUAAUGACAACCAUUGAGAAUGGAUCAACAGCCGACGUUGCACUCAACUGUUUAGCAAAGAUAAGGAAAUGGUUUGAAGUGAAUGAAAGACUAACCUUUGAUGACGAGGACCUCGCUGAAAACGAACAAGACCGUGGAAUCUUAUGGUUUGAUGUUCUUUACUCGGAAUUAUGCAAGGGAGUAAAGCUAAGCAAACAGCAAAGCAAUAGAGCGAUUUACAUUUGCGAGUGGUUUGCCAAUAAAUCCGGCAGGAAAAACUGGGCGGUCUUAACUGGACUAAGCAUAAACUUGUUAAGUCUUCUUAAAGAAGGAACUGUCAAUCUUCUAACUAUGCCUACUGUCACUGAAGAACUAACUAGGGUUUUAAACAACCAAGGAACUAUUAGAGCUAAUUUGAACGUUGCACCUUUGCACAUUAUUACGUCACUAUCGAGAUUGUGCGACAACAAAGAAAAUGCUGCCGCCAUUUCUAACUCGACGCUGUAUAUUUGUCUACAGAACAUUGCUAAAGACACUACAGGUAAAAAUGAAAUAUCGGAAGCAGCAGAAGUGUUGCUAAGCAUUUUACCCCAACCACAAUAUGCAACUGUAUUGGAAACAAAACUAAGUAAAAGAAACUCAUUUCCAAAUCUGGAUUAAAGAACAAAAACUCACCGAAAGCCAAAAUCUUGUUUAAACGUCAAAAGCAGGGCAGAGUACAACAUGCGUUUUGCUCCAACCCAAUGGUCACUGGUGAAUUUUACCUGGCCUAAAUUUUAGGCCCAUGGAAAAAAAAAUCAAUCCAAAAAGUUACACAAGUGGUAAAUUGUAAACCGGCACGAGGUGUAUGAAACAAGACACCAAUGUUAUAACGACUGUCAUUGCUUCGCCACAAGAGGAUAAAUAAUUGUCAUUUAUGCAUUCACCAGAUUUUAUUGAAAGAAAGCAAGUUUAAAAACAUGCUGAAGAUUUUUUAAUAUUUAACCGAAGUUGUAUUAAAAAUCCAUCAAUAAAAAAAUGUGGUUCACUGCAUUUUCAUUCAAAAUUUUUUUGCAUAAAAUGGCGCUUUACGAUAUUAUAACUGAUUUAUUGUGUCAUACACAAUUCCUAAUACAUGUAAGUCUGA